CAGAAGUGUGAUUGACUUGGAGUUACAUUGUGUUGUUUAAGUGUUCCCUUUAUUUUUUUGAGCAGUGUGUAUAUAUAUAUAUAUUUAUUUUUUUGAACAAAUAUUUAAUUUUUAGCUAUUUGAAAAUCGAUGUGGAAACUUUUGCAGCUCAAGUCAACUACAACACAUGCAAUGCUCUCUUUCUGGGCUUGCGAGCAAACGUGGCUACACACAACAAUAGCAAAGUCAAUAUCAGCAUGUAAAGUAGCUAGUUGGCUGUAAAAUCACCUAAACAAUCUACUAUCAAUUUAGGAGUAUAUCUCACUGUUCAGUUUGCAGUUCCUCUCUUCCCAGAGUGAGUACAGAAUACCUUAUGGCAACAAUGAUCCAUGGUUUCAACAAUGAUCCACGUUUCCCCACAGGCACACAGUAUGCAUUGCAAGAUGGUACUUGAAGGACAAAACUGAGUUGAAUAAAUUGGUACAGUGUUUUAGAUUGAGCAUAUCUAAGUGAAAUGUUUACUUUGUCAUGAUAUUUGCCCGAAAAGCCGGUCUUUGGAGGAUAUAUUGACACGGGUGUUGUUAGGCCCGAGACACUGGCUAUGGGGGAAUUAUUGAAACAAUGUUGCAAAUGUCGGAGAUCGAGACAGCAAGGUUUAUACAAAUCUCGGCUGUUGAAUACUAAAUGUUAGUCCCAAAAAAAUGUGAGAAUGUCUAAAUGCUUUUUUAUAGUGGAGAUGAAGUUUAUACAUUUCCUGGCUGGGUGGAUGAGACAGUGGAUUGCGCAGUGAGAUGGAACAGAGUAAAUCGGCAUUUAACGUCAUAGAUUUAGCCGGUGGUAAUUUGCGGAAUAGACACCGGCUGGAAUGCGGUUUUAACCAAUCAGCACUCAGGAUUAGACCCACCCGUUAUAUAUGUAAAUGAGUGGAUGAGCUCUAGACAAGUAUGCCCAUCUAUUGGCCGAUUUGGUGAUCUGGAGUGCAGGGAAUUGUUUUUAAAAGCUUUUAUGAAACGUGAUGAGAACCAUCUAGCUAUGACGCGUUCCUACAAGAUUUCCUGAUUUCACCGACUGACCACUUCCAAGUUAAAUCACUAGGAAAUGUUUUAUUUGACCUACCGAUAGAACACAUACUUUCACCAAAUUGGCCAGAGUUUCAUUUAAAAAUAUAUAUAUAUAUAUAUAUAUAUAUAUAUUCUGGGGUUGAAUUAUCCUUUUGAAAGGACUGUGUGUUUCGACUGUGGUGACCUUGUUUCUUGUGUGUACUGUACCUUUCCUAUCUAAUAGGUAUUUAGACAUAUUUUAAAGGUGAGAAUGUCUGAGACAAACAUUUUAAAUGUCUUGAAAUAAGCACUUGUAUGCAUGACAAAACGCGUCCCUGGCAUGUAGAUGGAUACUGAUGCUUUGUGGUCUAAUUCACUGCUCAAUAGUUUUGCCACUACAGGAUGAGGUCUAGUUUUAUUUUAGUUAAAUGUUGCUUAAUGUGUUUUGUUUUUCUGUUUAUUUUUUUUCAAACCAUGGCCUUGUAAAUACACAAGUCUCCAAGAGAAUAUCACAGGACUGACAGAUCCGCUGUUUUUCCCAUGUGUAUCAGCUGCAGAAGAUUGGAUUACUCAAUACCACAAAUUAUUGGCUUGUUUUGGUCAAAUGUGAGUGACAGCUGAUGUUUUUGUUCCUAAGUCUGUCUGGAAUGUGAUUGUGUGUGUUGUGUUUGUUUAACCUCUUCCUUAGCUUAAGGCCCUUAAUGAAGUGAUACGUUUUAUGUGUGGGGCACAUGUCUGUAUGGGUCUAAUAGGAACCAAGGUAGAUGUCAGAUGCUCUUCUUGGAGCAGAUAUAUUUGAGUCAGUGUAUUCUUUUUUUUUUUUUUUUACAGUGAAGUCUUAUUUUUAUAACAUAAAGAGAACGUGAAUUAUAUUUUUGUUACAAAAUUAGUUUUUAUUUCUUCACUUCUGUUAGUACAUGUAUUUAUUAGUUGAGCUGUUUCCUGCCUCUGCUUUGUAGAUGGCCUCUCCAAUUUAACAAGCCUGUUGACACUGUAAUAAACUUGCUGUUGUCAAUAAAGAUUACAUCUAUCAACCAAAUGAGUUUUAUUCUGGUAUACAGUUCAUAUAUUCAUUAGAAAUGUUAUGUUCCUGCUCUGCCCCUCAUCUACAAAAACAGUGGGAGUAGGUUUUUGGGAGAGGCAGGUCAUAGGCUCGACACUAAGAGCAAAAAGGAUGAUGAACUUUUAUACAUCGACCGUAAGAUGGCGCUGCGGUCAACAUUCCAUCGCCCAGAGGACGGUAUAAUAGCCCUGCUCGAACAAAGAGCUACUUUACCAGACAAGUCAUGGGAAAAACCAUAAACCCUUGUGCACGAGAGAAAAUGCUUUAUAAACGUUGACACAAUUCGCAAACACGACACUCACGACCCCGCGCGAGUCAGCACUUAAUAAUCACUUAAUUAAAUACACUGACAGUGGAAACACUGUUACCAAAUGUUAUUCUAGUUUAAUUUAGUUUCAAGUACAUUUUCUCAGCGCUCCGACGGUUUACACGGUCCUGAGCUAUAAUUAUCCCUCUCUGCCCGCAAUAUCUGUUUAUCCCCAUCUAAAAGGAAAUGGGUUUUUUCUGCCUAUUCCCGAGGGGCUAUGACAGCCCUUAUACCCCGACUAGUCCCGCCCACGACUGUUCUCUCAUUCUCAGGCAUUUGCAUUCAAAAACACAAAUCACUCAAUUAUGUCAACAAAAAUAAGGAACAUAGCAACAGUUCGGGAUUAUAUUGAAUUGUGAGUUUAGGGCAAUCCGCGUGGAUAAAGUGAUGGGAAAGAUUCGGGAAUAUGGGGGAAUCUAUGGAGAAAAAAAAAACCCUGCAUAGUUGAAGGGAGAAACGUUUGGACAAACUUUUGCCCUUUUUCGUCGUGCUUGGAUGCGAUUCGAGAGGACAUAUUGUAAGUUUUUCAGAGCCAGGAAGUGGAGAGUACUGAUCCAUGGACCUAGACAGGAACAACUCUGAAUCCUAACUUCUAAUUCGGGAUCUCAGGCAAGACGGCAUUCCUACAGCAGCUAAUGUAGCAGAGGUCAUAUGUUCAGAGAAGAAUACCUGGAAGAAGAUGAGGAACCACCUUUGCUGCUCAGCUCUUGUCCUUCUCACGGUGUUUUGCUCUGGAGGGACUGUAGCCGUGCAGUGUCCCUGGGGGGAGGGGUGUGUGUGUCUCCGGUGCCCCAGUGGCCAGGAGCCAAUCAAGGCUUGCGGGCAGGUCAAGGGACCAGGCGAGGUGGUGCAAUGUCAGUCUUGUCCAGCGGGCACGUUUUCAGACGGCUAUGACUCUGAUCAAUGUCGCCCACACUCCUCCUGCGGGGUCCUCAACAAAAUGGUUUUGACCUCUGGUACAUCACACUCUGAUGCUGUCUGCGGAGACUGCCUGUCUGGGUUCCACCCCACUGCUGGGAGGACAGCCUCCACCCUGGUCUGUGUGAGAGCUCCCCCUUAUCUCUCCCCAGCCCCCCCUGCCCAGUCUACCCACGUGCGCGCGGUGCGUACGGUAGGUAAGGGUUUGGCGGGAAGUGGCGGCCUGUCGGUGAACGGUACGGCAGUACAGAGCCCGGAGGAGAAGAGUACAGAGUAUGCCGUGUUCGUCCUGGUGCCAAUCUUCUGUGUGAUGGGACUCCUGGGGAUCCUCAUCUGUAAUAUCCUCAAGAAGAAAGGAUACCACUGUACUGCCGAGAAGGAGGGAGGAGACGAGGAGAAUGCCACACCACAGAAAGAGGGUAACGGUUGUCCCUACAUCGUAGAUGACCCUAAUGAAGACACCAUCAGUGUUCUGGUACGCCUCAUCACAGAGAAGAAAGAGAAUGCUGCUGCCCUGGAGGAGCUGCUAUUGGAGUACGAGAGUAAACAGAUGGACAUCAGCAAAGCCUCCGCAAUCAAGUUUCCGGUGCUGUCUCCUCUGACUCAGUUCCUCUCCCUGCCCAGACUGUGUCCUCACCAGUCUCACCUCCACACCAUCUCUGGUCUGUCUGGCCUGUCUGGCCCCCGACACGGCUACUGCUGCUCCCGCUGUGCCCAGAAGAAAUGGCCCCCCAUCCUCCUCGGCCCCCUCAAACCCCCACAGUCCCUCCUGUUACCCCCUCUGGACCUCCAGUCCCUCCAGAAGACCCCUCUCCUGCCCCCCGUGGACACACACCACUCCCCCCCUAAGAUCUCCCAGACCCCCAGCCCUGGGUCUGAGUCACUCCCUGAGGGGGAGUGGAGUGUGCCUGGGGAGGUGACCCGGUCUGUUGGGAGGUUUCAGGUGGCUCAGAUUCAGGAGCAGAGGCCUGGUUCCAUGGGGAUGACGUUCCGACCAGAGUCUAGUGACUCAGACUCAGUGGAAGACGCAUCUCUGCUGGUGGGGAACAAGUCAUCCUCGUCUUCUUCCUCAUCAGCUGCCAGGGGUACACAGGAGGUUAACAGCUAAACAUUUGCAGUGGUGAAUGCUGGGUAAAAAAUAACUCUACCUCGCUGAGCGAAGGAUGCGAUGGGAUUCCAAAACGGUGACCAGAGAGGUUGAUUUUCCUUUGUUGGGAUUUGGGAAGUUAGCCUGGGUGCUUGUUGGGAACUUAGCCUGGAUGCCAGACACAGGGAAACACUCAUAUUUAUAACACAAUCAACUUGUAUUUUAUCCUAUUGUUGAGCAAUAAUCCUCUGUCUUUAGAGGCAGGGAGGAGAAGAGAGAAGGAACCAUUAAUUAACCCACGCGUGUGGUUGUGCUUCCAUAAGACUCUGGACAGGUUGGAGGACCUUAACACUGUCUGCACUUGAUACUGCAAUACACACACACACACACACACACACACACACACACACACGAUAGGUCUACAUUCACACACACACAC